AAUUCAAAAAAAAAAACAAGUUGACACCCCAUAACGAUACUGAAUGAUUCGCCUGUUACUUGAAAAUUAUUUUUUUGCACAAUUGUAAAAAAUGGUCAUGUCUUUAAAGUUCCACUAAAAUUUAUCAGAAUCUUUACGCACAUAAUUUCAUUGCCGAGCCUAAUCAAAGCAUCUGCCAUAUUAACAAGCUGAAUAAUUUGUAGAUAAUUAAGCAAUUAAAUAAAAAAUCACGUAAAACAAAAAUUUUAUUACAGGAAAUGGGUAAUUAAGCACAUCCCAUAUUGUAACACUUGCAUCUAUAAUCAGACUUAUUAUAAAUAUGCACUAAUGGAAUAAAAUUCAAUAUUUUAUGCUAAUUAAAGAUUGUGACAUAUGAGCACGGAUACAGUUGCAUUGAUUUCGAACAAUUUAUUUAACGAUUCCAAUUAGCAAAUUAAUCAAAUUGCACCCCCUUGUGCAAUGUUCUAAUUACUAAAACCGAUAUUUACCAAUUCGUACCACCACUGUAAUCGGAGUAAUUACAAAAAUUACACACUUUGCAUUAUUUGAUUACAUAUUAAAAAUGUCUUUUUACCUACGUGUAAGCAUAGUUGCAAAAAAUACAUAACACCUCCAAGUUUACCAACACCACAUAAAAAAGUUACACAACUCGUGUCGGGACGGAUACAGUUUCGGUUUCACUCUUUGACAAAUAAAGUGAAGCAACAAUGUGAAUACUCGAUUUCUUGAAUGUUGUUAUUUCAAAAGUACAGGGUCAGGCCACCGACGACAAUCUUUGUCUUGUUCGUGGUUUUUUUAUGUUAAUGGAUUUAUGGAAAUAAUCAAUCCGGCUUUAAAAGUGGAUAGAGGGGAUGAUUUCGACCAAGGCUUUUUUACGCUGGUUGGUACCUAUAUAAACUCAUUCGUCGUAGGGUUCGGUAUCAGUUACGUGAACUAAAACAAUUAUGAAGGUAUUCAUCGCUCUGUUGGCUCUAGCCGCCAUUGUUAGCUUUGCUAAAGCUGGAUAUCUAGGCGGCUACAGUGGCUACGGCGGUUACGGUGGUUAUGGUGGAUACGGGGGUGGUUACAGCAGAGGAUAUGGAGGAUACGGGGGUUAUGGUGGAUACGGGGGUUACGGAGGAAAUUCAGUCAGGGUGAUUAAAGUGAUUGGAAGUGGCGGAUAUGGAGGCGGAUAUGGAGGAGGAUAUGGAGGAUACGGCGGUCAUGGUUAUGGUGGAUACGGGGGUUAUAGUGGAUACAGAAGCGGCUAUGGUGGUUAUAACGGCGGUUAUGGAGGAUGGAAAUCUAGCGGCUGGUGGUAAUUACUACGUGGUUUUUAAAAAGUAUUGCGUCUCUCAUACACAAGAGAGUAUAAAACUGUCGAUAAGUUUACAAUGUAUCAAGUAUUAAAUUUGUAAAUAACUGUACAUUAAACAAAAAUUUUGCAAUAAAAAAUACAAAAACGAA